UCCAGUAAUUCACAUGACAGCCUUAACAUUCAAGCCGAAUCCGUCCGGAGUUCCAAAUUUCGUAAAUGGGUUCCCAAAGACAUCACUCAAGAGAUUCCGACAGAGAUCGUGAGAGAAGUAGAUCGCGAGAUCGUAGUCGCCGCUCUGAUACGUCACGUUCACGGCAUCGCGAUCGAAGCUCGGAAAGAUCAAGGAGGAGGAGGAGCCACAGUCCAGCUGCUCGAGAUCGCCACAGAAGAGAUUCACGCAGACACCGUUCCGAUCACUCGCGAUCUCCCGAUAGGCGUGACAGAAAGCGAUCCCGAAGACAUUCAGUGUCAAGCGCGUCAGAUGAUUCGCAGGAUUCAAGUAGUGACAGCUAUGACAGUGGAGAAGAAGACCGACAUAGACGCCACAGUAAGCACAGGAAACACAAAAAGGAUAGGAAACACAAGAAAGAUAAAAAGAAAAAGAGCAAGAAAAGCAAAAAGAGCAAAUCAAGUCAUCAGACUAUACAGUGGGGACAUUAUGGUGUCAUACACGACGCAGACAUAUUUACCAAAGAAGCGGAAUUCCAAGCUUGGCUGAUAGAGGUUAAGAAGAUGGAUGUGGAAACGCUCCCCAACACCAAGCGAAAGGACAUGUUUAAUAGUUUCAUGGAAGACUAUAAUACCGCCACUAUGCCACAUGAAAAAUAUUACAACAUGCAAAAAUGGGAAGCAAAGCAACAGGCUAUCCGCAUGGGUGAAAAGCCAGUAGAGGACAAUGCGGAAUUCAACUUUAAGAAUGACGAGGAAAACUUGCGGACACAACAAAGAAUGGCAGCCAAGCAGAGAAGUACAACGACGUUACAGAUGUCAAAUGCCGAUAUCUCUGAACUUGCCAGAGUCUCUCGAGAACGCAUAGAGGCUGACCGUUUGAGAAAAUUGGGCCUCACUCCAAAAACCUCCAUGGGUGUACGAUAUGAGCAAGGCUAUGAGUAGACAGUCCUAUAGUUCAUAAAACCUUCACUCCCUAUAAAAAUUGUUUUGUUAUGCAAUUUCUCUUAUGGGAACUGUGAACUCUUGCCCGACUACCGUGGACUGUAUAUCCAAAGAAGUGCAGGCAUGUUAGAGACUACUGACUCUCUGAGCAUUGUAUAAGCGGUCUGCUGCUUGUAUGCAUUUGAUUAUGACUUUUGAAGCACGUUCUCUGCAAUAUAGUACUUCGAUACCGCUAUAUUAUUUAACAUGGUUCGUUUUGCAUGUCUUUAAGCCUCCAUAAAGACGCUAUGUAGGUUGAAGUCAUUUUACUUUCAAUGUCUGUGCGCUAUGCAAAGGAGUGGAUCCCAACAUAUUAAUGUGUGAUGGCUAUCUCUCAAAUUAUAAUAAAAGCUCCCUCAUGGAAAUUUGCAUAAUGAAGAA